CAGCAUUUGGAAGCAGACAUGUUUUAUGGGUGGGAGAGACUCUGAGGUUGCUUUCUCUGUUUCAGGUAGAAGAAGAAAUCAAGUCUGAUCUCUACAUUCUGUUCUUCCAUAUAGUCCAGCGAAUCCCUGAAUAUCUUAUUCAUCUACAGAAUGUCCUGAAGUUCACGGAGCAAGAGCAUCCUGACUAUUACCUGCUGCUGGUGUGUGUGCAGCGCCUCCGGGUUUUCAUCUCACACUAUAGCCUCCUCUUCCAAUGCAAUGAAGACCUGCUCAUACAGAAGAGGAAAAAGCUGAAGAAGUCAUCCCUGGUGAAGCUGUACAAAGGUCUCACCUCCCAAUGUACGAGCCAAGAGGUUUCUCCAACACCCAGUGCGACAUCUAUCCGAGACAGCGGGAUCCACUCUGAAGAGACAAUACAGUCGUUCCCACCAGCACCUUCCUCUGGCACGACAACCCCGCAUUUGAUGCCCCAGAUGAAGAAACCCCAGCCAACCGUGAUGGAGAACAUCCAGGCUGUAAAGCCUCCUGACUGGGAAAUGGAAAGUAGAAAACAUGAGAGGCCAGAGAACAUCCUUGCAUCCUCUCAGCUCACAGAGCAGGAACUCAAGGCUCUGACAGCCCCCUUACAAUCUAUCCCUGAAAUGGAGUAUGAAGCGCCACCAGCUGAUGCGGUGGGGAACACUGAGAGAGCCAUCAGGACCUCUGUGGAGCUGCUGCAGGAUGCAAGGAACUUUGCACCAAGCUACGAAGAGUUCGACUACCCUGGGGAGGUUUUCACCCUGCCAGGCCCCUAUGAAGAUGAUGCCUUCCAAAACCUCGCUCUCUUUGAGAAUUGCUCCCCGGCCUCUUCUGAGUCCAGCUUAGACAUUUGCUUCCUUAGGCCUGUUAACUUCACGUCAGAACCAGAGAGGACAGAUCAUGCCUUACAGCCAUUGCCUAAGAGUUGCACUCCCGUAAGCAGCAGUACUUACAAGCGUGAGAUGUUCCACAGCAAAGGCAAGCAGCUGAGUAGGUCUCUGAAGGAGCUGCCAAGGAGCGCUGAGGGUGUGAGCACCAGACUCUACAGCACACGGAGCAGCAGUGGGAGCCGGCUGCAGCAGAAGCAGGAGAGGAAUGUCCAGCCUCACAUGAUCUCAGCCUCAUCUCGAAGCUCCCAAAGGAGCUACUUCCCCCCACAGAGAGGAGCGGGUGACAAACAGAGCUUUUUGGAAGAGCUCCAUGCAGAAGACAACACCAGGUUCUGCCAGAAGGAUGACAAUGAGCAAACAUCCUUCAGCGACCACAACCCACGGCACGAGCCCAAGGGGGGUUUCCGGAGCUCCUUCCGCAAGCUCUUCAAAAAGAAAUAAGCAGCCCC